GUGCGGUUUUGCAGGAGAAACAGGACCCAGAUGCAUUAUUCCCAGCGAAAUAAAGAAACCUGACGGCGCAAAGCCUGUCAAAGUUGUUCAGUACAAUAUUAAUACAGAAGAACUUUACUCGUACCUGAAGGAAUUUAUCCACAUGCUGUAUUUCAGACACCUGCUGGUGAAUCCCAGAGACCGCCGUGUUGUCAUCAUAGAAUCUGUCCUGUGCCCGUCACACUUCAGAGACACGCUCACCAGAGUCCUUUUCAAGCACUUUGAGGUACCUUCUGUUCUGUUUGCUCCAAGUCAUCUGAUGUCUCUCCUGACACUUGGGAUCAAUUCUGCCAUGGUGCUGGACUGUGGAUAUGCAGAAAGCUUGGUGCUACCUAUAUAUGAGGGAAUCCCAAUUCUGAGCUGCUGGGGUUCUCUUCCUCUGGGUGGAAAGGCUAUUCACAAGGAGCUGGAAUAUCAGCUGUUGGAGCAGUGCACAGUUGAUACAGGAUUAGCCAAAGGACAAAGCCUUCCAUCUGUGAUGGGCUCAGUUCCGGAAGACAUAGUAGAGGAUAUAAAAGUUCGCACUUGUUUUGUGAGUGAUCUCCAACGGGGACUGAAAAUCCAAGCAGCCAAGUUCAACAUUGAUGGCAGUGCUGAGCGUCCUUCACCGCCUCCAGACGUGGACUAUCCUUUAGAUGGAGAAAAGAUUCUCCAUGUAGUUGGUCCCAUCAGAGACUCCGUGGUGGAGAUACUGUUUGAACAGGAUAAUGAAGAGACAUCUGUUGCCACUUUGAUCUUGGAUUCACUCAUUCAGUGUCCCAUAGACACCAGGAAGCAGUUGGCAGAGAACUUGGUAGUUAUUGGUGGCACUGCCAUGUUGCCAGGAUUCCUUCACAGGCUCAUGGCUGAAAUCCGGUACCUGGUGGAGAAACCAAAAUACAAAGAAGUGCUUGCUACUAAAACCUUCCGAAUCCACACUCCGCCUGCCAAACCCAACUGUGUGGCCUGGCUGGGAGGAGCCAUUUUUGGAGCACUUCAGGACAUACUUGGCAGCCGAUCUGUGUCCAAAGAGUAUUACAGCCAGACAGGCCGCAUACCUGACUGGUGCUGUCUUAAUAAUCCUCCACUGGAAAUGAUGUUUGAUGUUGGAAAAGCUCCCCCACCGUUGAUGAAGAGGGCUUUUUCUACUGAGAAAUAAGCACCUCGAUGCCACACAAGGAUUCUCCUUGUCUGUUUCAAGUAGAUACAUAUAGGCAUUGGCUCUUUUUUUUUGUAUUAAUUUGUGUGUAACACUAUUAAAUAUGAACAGUGUGGAUGUUUUGGGGGAGUA